AUGCAAGCCACAGGCAGCGACGGCGAGGCUUCGUCCAAAGAAACCACCCCAAGCGUCUCUCAGGAGAACCAGAGCCAGCAUCAGCACCAACAUCAACAUCAGCCUGAUGGUACCAACUCCUUGUAUGCCAACAGCGAUGUCAAGCUCUGGCUCCAAUACACCGGCUUCUUCGACACCGAGCAGCGCCUCAAAGUCCUCGCCGUGUUCCGCAGACUCAAAGACCUCGACGAGCAGCGCCUCAAGCUUCUCGAGGAGGUUCGCACGUCUACAGAGUACUCUAGUUCUCUCGCUAUUGCUACGAUUCCGCAGAGCUUUUCCGCCUUCCAAGAUUUGUCGCCAACAUUCUCGAUGGCUAGUUCCAACGACGAUAAUACCCUGUCGGGCUCCCAAUCAACGGCUCCCGCAAGCUCAAAUGAAACUUAUAGCUUCGAGAUUUCUUCCAUCAAUAAAGGGGCUGGUUCAAAUUUCUGGCUCACGAUGUUUGAAAACAAGUUGCCGUCUCAUCAAAGUAGUACCCAAAAUGUCAAACCCUCCAUGAAAGCUACUACAUCCCCGGGUGAUCCCAACUCUGAGGUUCAAGGAGCACAAUCUCCGUCCUCGUUGGAUGGACCAUUUGAAACUGAAGCACAUCGUUUCAGCAAAAGUCAGGUCGUGAGAUCCUAUACUCCAUCCCAACUCUUGUCGUUGGCUCCCAAGCAAGAAUUAGCAGAAUCGCGCUACUUUUUAAUCAAGUCCUUCAACUUUGCAAACGUUGACAAAUCCCAGCGAGACGGAUUAUGGGUCACGAGUGCGUGCAACGGCGCCAUCUUCGCCAACGCCUUCAAGCACCACAAAAACGUCUUCCUCCUCUUCUCCGUCAACAAAUCCAAGGCCUUUCAAGGCUACGCUCGCAUGACCUCCCUCCCAUCAAGCACCAUCCCCCCUCCAAAAUGGAUGAGCAAAACCUCCUGGAGACACAGCGCCCCCUUCGGGGUCCAAUGGCUCAGCACCCACCGCACCGAGUUCUGGAAUUUCGGCAAGCUGAGGAACCCGCUCAACGACGGUAAACCCGUCUUUAUCGGCAGAGACGGCCAGGAGAUUCCCGAGACGUGCGGCCGUGAGAUGGUUUGCGUCUUGGACCAGGGAGCGGCAGAAAAGAGAGGACGUGGUAGCGUCACUUCGUGGAGAGUGCGGAGGGAUUAUGAUGAUGAUGGCAAGGACGAGGUGACAACUUGGCAUCAUGAUGAAGCUGACAAGGACGAGAUGCCAACUUGGAACCAUGAUGAUGAAUGGUCAGAGGCGGGGGAAGACAUCACCGCCAGCGAGGAGUCCGAGACGGUAGAUGACAUGCCACUGAUCAAAUAUUGA